AUGGGGUCCCCUACUGACCCCGGGCCCUCGGGCAGCUCCCGAGUUUCCAAAUGGUCAGGCCGCCCCUGCUUGUGACUUCUAUCAGUGUCCAGCAGAGCACUGAGGGGACAUGUAUACUGAUCAUCAGGGCACUGAUGAUCAGUGUGCCCUGAUGAUCAAUGUACCCCCAGCAGUGCCAGCUGUCAGUGCCCAUCAAUGCCACCUGUCAAUGCCCAUCAAUGCCACCUGCCAGUGCACAUCAAUGCACAUCAAUGCCACAUAUCAGUGCCUACCAGUGCACAUCAAUGCCACAUAUCAGUGCCUAAAAGUGCACAUCAAUGCCACAUAUCAGUGCCUACAAGUGCACAUCAAUGCCAUAUAUCAGUGCCCAUCUGAGCUGCCUUUCAGUGCCACCUAUCAGUGCCAGUGAGUGCCGCCUAUCAGUGCUGCCAAUCAGUGCUACCAAUCAGUGCCUGUCAGUUCUCCCUAUCAGUGCCAGUCAAUGCCACCUAUCAGUGCGCAUCAGUGCCGAGCUAACAGUGCCACCUAACAGUGCCAGUCAGUGGCGCCUAUCAGUGACAGUCAGUGCUGCCUAUCAGUGCCACCUAUCAGUGC